AUGGUCAGGAAAUUCUACGUCCCCGACGACUUGCAGCACCCCUCCUGGACAGGCGAGCAGCCGGAUAGAGUCAAACCCACCGGCCUCACAUUCGCAACCCUACCUACCGAAUGGGUCGUGCAGAUGGCAUUCAAGAGGGGCACCGAUACAUUCCUCGGCAACGGUUUCUUCGUGAACAUUCCUGGCGUACCCGACUACCACGUCAUCCUCACCGCCGGUCACAAUCUCAUCGGACCUGACAAGGAGGAGUCGCGGGACAUCACCGUCCGUGCGCUCAACGCUGCCGACGACUACGUCGUCCCCGCGGACAAGUACUAUAUCUGCAAGUCGUUCAAGGCCAAACCCGUAGAGAACGAUCCGAAUGACUGGGGUUUGGUCCUCUACCCGCGUGGUCUGCCCAAUCUCUUCCCCGCGCGCUACCGCGACCCAAGCACGACGCAGGCGCAGAAGGACAUGAUGGAGGCUAGCUUUGGCUUCCGCUUCAGCCUGCGCCUUGGCCACGCGGACUCGCUGCAAGGCCAGGCGAGCAUCAGCGGCUAUCGCGACGUGUCCCCGCGCGGCGAGCCGAGGGUCUCCACCGGCACCAUCAUCGCGGCGUACCCAACGCAGGUCGAGUACAAAGCCACGACGGAGAGAGGCAUAAGCGGGAGCGUCGUAUGGAUCGCGUACCGCACCUUCCCCACCGCGAUCGCUAUACAUAACUACGGCCCGAAAUACAAGGGUGCGGGCAGCCGUGGCUCGCGCAUCACCGCCGACCUCAUGCGCGAAGUGUACGGCUUCACGAAGGGGGCCUCCCUCGGAAUGCAGCUCCGCGCGCACGGGACGCCGCGGCAGGUCCGCGAGCUCCCCCCGGGCGGGCUCUUCUUGAGCUUCCCCUCCACCCUCCCCUUCGCGCGCGUGCACCUCCGCUCCGGGACGCCAGUCGACCUCCUGCCCGCGCAGUCCGGCGGCGUCCCGAUGCACGUCAUGGCCGUCAGCACGCCCUCUGGUACGCGGUACGCGGCGUUCAACAUCGGAAAGCGCGAGAUACUGCUCAGGGAGAAGAUCCGGGACGACUGUUUGUUCGAGCUCGUCAGCGGAAAGCAGUCGAAGCAGGGCGAGGAGACGAUCCAGAUCAAGAUCCCGAAAGACUACGCUGACGUGGAGGGCAAGGAGAAGUUCCAGCUGCGCGUGCAGGGCACGGCCAUCAGGCAGUUCGAUGGCGACGAUGCGGAGAGCUCGGAGGUGUCGUUCGUGGACGCGCCGACGUCGGAUGCGUGGACGGCCUUCGCGCUUCAGCGGUGA